AAUCCACGGCAAAGACUAGUUUCGUUGGCGCUUGAUGUAGUGCCUUUCAUUCUCGCGCUCUUUCUCUCUCUCUCUCUCUCUCUCUCUCUCUCGCAUCUCCGGUCCCUCUCUCCGGCGAUCUUCAUCUUCUUCUUCCAUCCUCCGGCGAAAUUUCUCAAGAUUACCAAAGAAAAAACCGCAAUUUCCAAGAACACCACAGCCGUUACCACCUAAAAACAGUGAACGCUUUCUCUUGAUUUCCGAGCACACCUCACUUUCAUCGGAAACUUCCCCAACUCAAGAAGCUAGGGUUUCGAAAUUUCACAUUUUUUCCAAGAAUUAUGAUAUAGAAGAGGAUGACCGGUGCUGCUUCACCGUGUGAUCGGAGAGGGUUUUGGUAUUUUGGUAAACCCCUCUCAUGGAAUGGCAGAUCUUGUGAGCUAUGGUAAUAUCGAGCGAGACAUCGAACAGGCUCUAAUUGCUUUGAAGAAAGGUGCUCAACUGUUGAAAUAUGGUCGGAAAGGAAAGCCUAAGUUUUGUCCAUUUAGACUCUCCAACGAUGAGACAUCUUUAAUCUGGAUUUCAAAUGGUGGAGAAAAACGUCUCAAGUUAGCAACUGUAUCUAAGAUUGUUCCAGGACAACGAACUGCUGUUUUCCAACGUUACCUUCGCCCUGAAAAGGAUUAUUUAUCUUUUUCUCUCGUAUACUCCAACAGGAAGCGGACUCUUGAUUUGAACGGCGGAGACUUCACGUAG